AGUCAGCAAGCGGCCAAAGCAGAACUGUGAAGAUUCAGAUCAGGAGCAGGCCUCUACCAUCACUGUCUCGACAUAAGUGUUUGGGAUCUGGAGAGUUAAAGUCCUUUUGUGUUUAAAGAUCUAGAAGAGGACUGAAGUUAUAUUAAGUAAAAGUGAGAGUGUGGCUGUAUAUGUGUGCCAUGUGUACGUACGACCACAGGGCGUGAGCGUGGGACGGAUAUGCUGCAGCUGUGUAAGGUCACAGAAACUCUGUACAUUGCAAACUCACGCUCAGCCUGCAGCGACCAGCUGGUCCAGCAGGAGGGCAUCACUCUGUGCAUCAACGUGUCCCGGCAGCAGCCUUUCCCUUCAACACGUGUCUCCACCCUCAGGGUACCCGUGUAUGAUGACCCUAAUGAGAACCUGUACAAGUACUUCGACCGCUGUGCAGAUGCCAUCGCGAGCGAGGCGAGCCGGGGGGGCAGAACCGUGGUGUACUGCAAGAAUGGCCGGAGUCGCUCAGCCUCCAUUUGUGUGGCGUACCUAAUGAGGCAGCUUGCCCUCUCGCUACGUGAUGCCUUCCAGACGGUGAAAGAGGCUCGUUCUGUAGUGGAGCCCAACCCAGGAUUCUGGAGCCAGCUGGAGAAGUACGAGCAGGAGCUGGAAAGACGGAGAAGUCAGGGAGACAGCCCACUGGAUAUGGGGUCAUAAUGACCCGGGCCAGCUCACCAGGAAUGGACCAUCUGUGUAUGGUUUAAGGCAAGGGUACCGAACCUUUUUUACAGUUCGAGCUAUUUUUCAAAGAGAAUACUCAAGCUACCAAAUUGCAAUGGUAUAUUUGACUCACCAGGUAGAAGUCUCCUUGGUAUAUUUUGCUGAUUGCAAUCAACUGGUUGGUCACCAGGGAAAUAAAUCAUUACUCAUCUUGCGAUCGACCUGGAAACAUAUGGGCUGGGCACCUGUGGUUUAAGGAAUUUUGUGUGUACGUGGACAUGAUCUGCAAUGUACUGAGAGGACUGGAUCCCUGAUAGAGCAGGAGGCCUGCACCUUCAGCGCUCGGAUAUAACUCUAGGAAUAUAAAAGCACAUCAUGCAUUUAAAGGCCUCGUGUCAGUUUGUUUUGCGGGGCAGCCGUUUGCUAGUAUAGUCUAAACUGCCAGCCAUUCUCACCGUCUCCCCAUGUAGGCAUCACUCAGAUGCUGACCUGAUGGCCAACCCGUGUCCUGGGGCAAUUUUCACUGGCAUAUUUUAAUAAAAAAUAAAAAUAGGUUUGCA